CGUCUUUUUCUAUUCAUUGUCACAAUGGCGACGUUAAGGUUAUUCAAUGUUUGUAAAAGUGGACAAAGUUUCUUGAAACCAGUGAUUUGCAGUCAUGUUGGUCAGGUGAGAACUAAUUUCAAAAAUGUUGGUUAUAAAGAGCCAAGCAUGGAAUGGAAUGAUAUUACUGAUAGGGCAGCUGUCACAAUGUUUUGGACCGAAUUAGUUAGGGGCUUGGGUAUGACUCUAGGGCAUAUGUUUAAAGAGCCAGCAACUAUCAAUUAUCCAUUUGAGAAAGGUCCACUGAGCCCUAGAUUUAGAGGUGAGCAUGCUCUAAGACGCUAUCCUUCAGGUGAAGAGCGUUGUAUUGCCUGUAAGUUGUGUGAAGCUAUCUGUCCAGCUCAGGCUAUAACCAUUGAAGCAGAAGAAAGAGCAGAUGGAAGCAGGCGAACAACUCGCUAUGAUAUUGAUAUGACAAAAUGUAUUUAUUGUGGAUUCUGUCAGGAAGCAUGUCCAGUUGAUGCCAUUGUCGAAGGACCAAACUUCGAAUUUUCAACAGAGACCCACGAAGAGCUAUUGUACAACAAGGAAAAACUUUUGAAUAAUGGUGACAAGUGGGAGUCGGAAAUAGCAUCUAACAUCCAUGCAGAUCAUCUGUACCGUUAAAAGUAACUGUAAUAGUCUUGUCUAGAAACUAUGUAGAUAAAACAAGUACCUUCUUUAAGCUAUAUUUCAUUUGUUAAAGAAAAUUGUCUAUACACUACUAGAUCAUUUUUCAGCUAGACUUUGGAAUUUAACGGAUAGCUCACCAUUACAACAAAAUAUUAAUUAGUAGAUUUUUAAUUUUUAAGUAAAUGUUGUAUUAUAUUAGCCGCAAAAGAAAAUUUGUUAUGAUUUUGGAAUGAGUUUACUAUAAACUUUGUUAAAUUGUCUUUUAAUUGUUAUUUAAACAUUUAUUUAUUCCAUUAUAACUUAACCUUACAAAGAUAGGCCUUCAUAUUUAACUUGUGUUUAUGGAUGAAUUACUCUAAUAAAUGAUUGGAGUAUAAAA